ACGAGGAGCGGUUUAUCAUGGCGCUUAGUACUGUUCAUUGUUUCAUUUUGACUUGUUUAUACUGUUGCUUCACUCUAUAAAAGACUAUAAAAUACUUUUCUUUUAUAGUAUUGUUUUUAUCUGUUGAUCAUAUUUAAGGUCAAGUAGCGGAUCUGCAUGUCGAUUACACGAUCUCAAGUGGCUGUGGACUGGACAUUAUUUUUAUUUUCUUUAUUUCCAUUUGCUGGGUAGUAUAGACCCAAGAUGGACACCAGAGGAAAAAAUGGGCCAAUAUAUAUGAGGACCUACAGUAAACGUAUGCGUAAAGUUGACCCUUGGUUCUCACCUGAUCUAAGAAAAGCGGCUUUCUCUUUUUCAAGCACUCCUUCAUCAGAUCUUUCCAUUCCAGAGGCCACACAACCCAAGAAACGAAUGAGAAUUGUAGCCCCACGUCCAGCUAAAAGCAAGGCCAUGACCGCCCUGAAAGAAAGCGAUGAGGAAAACUAUGAACCGCCUUCAUCAUUUAGAAAGAAAACAAAUGCUAAAGCAUCAUCGAAGACGGCAGCAAGAAAGACUAAAAUGACGAAAAGGCUCAAACAGAAUAUACAGUCAGUUUUCAGCAGCAGUGAAAAUGAGGACGACUCUCUUAUAAUAAAGAAAAUCCAUCCAAAAACAUCUGCUCAAGAAUGUGCUGACAUAGGACGAGCGCCGGACCCUCCUCUUACAAACCGGUUUGUCACACAUCGCAGAAGACCCCAAGCACCUGUCCAAGCUCAGAAACACACCAGCAAGCGUGUUUCUGUCGCUAUUACCCGCACGCUAAAUUCCUCGGACGAUUUUCUCCCGUCGUUUUCACGAAACAAGCGACUGGUGAGCAAGAAACCGUCCUGCAUUGAGGACUCUGACGCUCACAAGAACCGGAAAAGCACCCAUAAACGCAUAGCCCUGGUUGAGGUCUCUUUCAACGACAGCGAUGACCAGCAUCUUACCGCUAAACGUCCUCUAUUGUCCAGUACCCCAUCCGUGGUCUGUAGACAGCUGCUGCACUUACCCGAGCCCUCCAUCAGUGAGAUCUCCUCCCUCAGUUUUGAUGAUCUUCAGCAUUCCACGAAAAACAACAGCACACCUGGUAUGGUCUCAUCAUGUGGGAAAAGAGAACGGCACCCAAAACCUACAAGAGAGAGAGUGACAGAGGAAAGUGAGGAAGAAGAGAAAUCUGUUGUGGAGGUGACUGCUAGGGAUGGAGUUGCGGAUCAGCGAAAAGAGGGAGGUGUGGACAGCUCAUCUGCGCAGGCAAGCGCGGGUUCAGGAUAUGCGCCACAUCCUUUAGCAAAGGAGCUCAAGGAGAGGUGUCAAACAGAGGAUGCAGUCGUAAUCCUCAACAGAAUAAACAUUUCAGACAAACUCUCAUCCCAGAUUUGUCAUAGGAAACAGGGCGAAAGGAUUUCCUUAAACAGUUCAGAUUUCUCCGUGCUAGCCUCAAGUCAGAGCACCCAAACCAAUUCUGCUGUAUCAUCCAGGGGUUCUUCACCCCUGAAACCAUCUCUUCUACCCCUUUAUAUCUCUUCCUCGCUCUCUAAAUCUCUCAAUUCCCCUAUACUUUCAGAAUUUCAAACUAGUUCACCAACAUGCACAAACCAGCCCCUUAUUGACCGUCUUAAGGCUGAGUGUUUAAUGUCUUGCCUCACUGUUGGAAUCCCACGUCUUGAUUUAGGAGAGUAUAUUUCUGUCCAGCAGGAGGCAGCACAAGCACCUUGCUUUGACUCUCCAUACACCUGCCAAAAUGAUAAUGCCUCCUCUCCUAUUUUGAAAGGGCCCGAGAACUGCAAUAUUUCAUUAAAAAGUCCAGUAAAUCGUGGUGCUACCGAAACAGUUGUUCGCCGUCUGUCUGAAUCAUUCCAGCCACCUGUGGUAUUGCUACCAGCGGGUCUGAGCGUGACACGGCCACCAGCUGUGCCAAAAGAGCGCACAGGUGCGGGCACGAGCACCGGCCGUAAAGUUUGCGUGAGUGGACUCAACGUCAGCCGCUGGUCAAGAAAGGCUACCGGAGAAUGCAACGAGAAGUGGAGGAAAAAGGAAGGAAGAACUAAAGCAACGUCUGGAGACUCGAGCUCAUGUGGCAGCAUGUUGUCUACUGGGGCCGAAAAUUUCGCAGGGGCAUCAGCAUGUGGCUGGCUGCAGGGCAACAGUGGGAGUGGUCUGGCUUUAACGCCUCUCAGGAUGGACCAGAUGAAUCUCUCCUCCAUCCUAGCCAACCUUACGCCUGACACACUCACCACGACCAACUGGGGCCGAUUCAAGGCAUCACUUUCACUACAUAAGAAGAAAAUUGCAUUUCCUACCCCUCAACGUUUGGCUCAUCUGAGGACUCCAGGCUCUCGUUUUACCACUGAUACCAGUCUUGACCCGUUUGCUUCCCCUGUCUGCACACCUUUGUCCAGAUUUACGCCUUCACGCCUGAUCCGGUCCACCAUAAAUAGUUCCAUGUCUCAAUGUGAUGAUGACAUCAGCGAUGCAGAGAAAGUAUAUCAGGAGUGUCAACAGAGCGGCCCACUUUCGUUCAGCGACUGCAUCCCUCCAUCUCGAAUGAAGCUUUGCACCAAGAUUGGUGAAGGGACAUUUGGUGAAGUCUUCUCAACCAAAAUUGACUCAAACCAUACUGUUGCUCUCAAAAUCAUCCCUGUGGAGGGAAGUCAGAAGGUCAAUGGUGAACAACAGAAAACUUUUGCUGAAAUUCUCCACGAAAUCAUCAUUUCCAAAGAGCUGAGCAGCCUUAACGUAAAAGAAAUCAAUAGGACAGAUGGUUUCAUCGGACUGAACAAUCUUCAUUGUGUCCGCGGGCGGUACCCGGAAGCUUUGCUUAAAGCCUGGGAUAAGUUUGACUGCCAGAAGGGAUCUGAGAAUGACAGACCUGAUUUCUUUGAUGAUGAGCAGCUGUUUUUAAUCCUGGAGUUUGAGUUUGGAGGGAGUGAUCUGGAGAACAUGAAAGGAAAGCUGUCUUCCAUGGCCCAGGCCAAGAGUGUUUUACAUCAAGUCACUGCAGCUCUGGCCGUAGCUGAGCAAGCACUGUGCUUUGAACACAGAGAUCUUCAUUGGGGGAACAUUCUGGUGAAGAACACAAAGCAGAAACACAGCGAGUUCAUCCUGAACGGAGCAGUGCAUUCCACAGAGACACGAGGAGUUCACGUCAAUAUAAUUGACUACUCGCUCUCACGUCUAGAGAUCGAUGGUCUGACAGUGUCUUGUGAUAUCUCAGCCGACGAGGAGCUGUUUAUGGGUCAGGGAGAUUACCAGUUUGAAAUCUACCGCCUGAUGAAAAAGGAAAACGAGAAUUGCUGGUCAACAUAUAAUCCUCAUUCUAAUGUGAUGUGGCUGCACUAUUUGGCUGACAAACUGUUAACCAUGAGCUACAAGACCAAAGCUCAAUCCAGCCAACACAAGACACUGAAGAGCAGCCUCAAGUCCUUCCAUUCAGAGAUAUUGAAUUACGCGUCCGCCACAGAAGCUCUUAUGCAUUGCAAAUUCUUUCGGUGAAAUGUGUAUAUGUCAUUUUUUAAAGAACACAGCAUGUGCUAAAGAUUGUCAGUGUAGAGAAAGUAAAAUGUUCUUUGUAAAAAGAUACUGUAAUACAAAUAAAAUGUUAUAUCAUGCUAUUUAA